UUUCAUAGCGAUUCCAUUCCAUUCCGCCUUGAGGCAUUUCUUUCAUAAUCGCGUUUUACGCGCGCAGCACGCAUUUCAUCAGAUUUUUGAUAAAUAUAAAACGGCAUAAAGCCGUAUAUUUGAUUCAAAGUUUGUUAAUAAUAAUACUAUAAUGAAGCCCCCAUAUAAAAUUGCUGAUGAGAAGCUCGCUGAAUUGGGCCGCAAUGAAAUCAUGCUGGCUGAGAAAGAGAUGCCUGGUCUCAUGGCUUGCCGUCGCAAGUACGCGCCCGCACAGAUCCUGAAGGGAGCCAGGAUUGCUGGCAGCCUGCACAUGACUGUCCAGACUGCAGUGCUGAUUGAGACACUUAUUGAACUGGGAGCUGAGGUCCAGUGGUCCAGCAGCAACAUCUACAGCACACAGGACGAGGCGGCGGCGGCGCUGGUGGCCCGCGGCAUCCCCAUCUAUGCCUGGAAGGGCGAGACUGAGGAGGAGUACAUCUGGUGCAUAGAGCAGACACUUGUUUUUGCUGAUGGAAAGCCCUUAAACAUGAUUUUGGAUGAUGGAGGUGAUUUGACCAACUUGGUUCACAAGAAAUAUCCCCAAUACUUGGAAGGUGUCAAAGGCAUUUCAGAAGAAACUACCACAGGAGUUCACAAUCUGUACAAGAUGUUCAGAGAAGGAACACUGAAGGUACCUGCUAUCAAUGUAAAUGACUCUGUCACCAAGAGCAAGUUUGACAACUUAUACGGAUGCAGGGAGUCUCUGCUGGAUGGAAUCAAAAGGGCAACAGAUAUCAUGGUAGCAGGGAAAGUGUGUGUGGUAGCCGGAUAUGGAGAUGUAGGCAAGGGCUGCGCUCAAGCCUUCAAAGGAUUUGGAGGCAGGGUUAUUGUCACCGAGAUUGAUCCUAUCAAUGCCCUUCAAGCAGCAAUGGAAGGCUUCCAAGUCACCACAAUGGAAGAGGCAUCAGAGGUUGGGCAAAUCUUUGUAACCACCACAGGCAACCUUGACAUCAUCACCAAAGAUCAUUUCUUAAGAAUGAAAGAUGAUGCUAUUGUUUGCAACAUCGGUCACUUUGACUGCGAGGUUGAUGUUGCUUGGCUGGAAAAUAAUGCUAAGAAAGUGAAUAUCAAGCCUCAGGUUGACCGUUAUGAACUUGAAAAUGGCAAUCAUAUUAUUGUAUUGGCAGCAGGUCGUCUAGUUAACUUGGGUUGUGCUACUGGCCACUCUUCAUUUGUCAUGUCUAAUUCUUUCACUAAUCAAGUUUUGGCCCAAAUUGAAUUGUGGACGGGUCAUCAGCAAUACCCUAUUGGAGUCCACACUCUACCCAAGAAACUGGAUGAGGAAGUAGCUGCUCUACAUCUGGACCACCUGGGAGUCAAACUCACCAAGCUGACUCCCAAACAAGCCAAAUACAUCGGUGUUCCUGUUGAAGGUCCAUACAAGCCUGAUCACUACAGAUACUAAAUUACAAAGACUGGAAAUAAUAAUAAAACUUGUGUCUGGCUAUUUACUUAAAAUUCUAUACAGAAAUAUAUUUCAGUGAUUUAUACCAGUUACCAACAUUUUAUUGAACAUAGCACAUGAUGUGCUGUGAUCAUGUAGGUAUACAUAUAAGUGCAAGUGUUACAUAACUCUUUUAUAAACACAAUAAAUGCAUUUGUUUUCAAACAUUA